AGUACUUAUAAGACCAACCCCAGUUCAAAUUCUCCCACCCAAAUCAAACUUCUCUCUCCCACUCAGAGGUAGAAAGCAAAAUGGAAAUGGAAACUGAACUGUUUGAGACCAGUGAGAUGCUAGCAGUUUUUCUGGCUUCAACUCCUGUGCUCUCUGAGUCAUGGAGGCUCUGCAGCCAUGCGAAUGCUACAGCUCCCGGAGGUUUCAUUGUCAACCAGAUUGGAGACGUGGGUUACAUUGCUUUCUCUGGGAUACAGGUGAUUAGUGGGUUGAAUCCCAACGGGAAUAACUUGGUGCUGUUGAAUGGCACCAGCUCUGGGCUUUCAUUCUCGCCGCGUGAAGUCGAUGACAGUGAAGAGCCACCAAUGGUUCAUUCUGGGUUCCUUCAUAUCUUCCAUUCUAUCUACAACAACCCAUGUUUCCAAAAUCAGAUAUCUAUGCUAAUGCAGAACAGCAAAUCAUUGAUAGUCACAGGCCACUCAGUUGGAGGAGCAACAGCCUCUCUAGCAACCCUUUGGUUGCUCUCUUAUCUGCAGUCUCUCUCCUCUUCCUUUUCAGUCCUCUGCAUCACUUUUGGUUCUCCAUUAUUGGGUAAUGAGUCUCUGUCAAAAACAAUCCUCAGAGAAAGAUGGGGAGGCAAAUUCUGCCAUGUUGUUUUGAAGAAUGAUAUUGUCCCCAGGUUACUCUUUGCUCCACUGGACUCUAUAGCUACACAACUGAAUCAUAUACUACAGUUCUGGCACUUGUCCAUGACACCACAGUAUGGACACCUUGUAUCUGGAUUGUCCAGUGAAGAGAAAACUGAGUUUUAUCAUUACAUAUUGAAUCAUACUGCAGCUUAUGCGGCUCAGAAAGAUGGCUCAAAGAGGUGUUCAUAUUGGCCAUUUGGGAGUUACCUCUUCUUCUCCGGAGAAGGAGCAGUUUGUAUAGAAAAUGCAACAUCUGUUAUCCAAAUGUUGUACUUGAUGUUUACAACAGGUUCAGCAAACUCUUGCAUUGAUGAUCAUCUCAAGUAUGGUGAUGUUGCAGCAAAAGUCUCACAACUUCUUCUGAUGAGAAGAAGCUUCACACAAGGGAUUCUUCCUGAGUCAGGCUAUGAAGCUGGGAUUUCAUUGGCAAUUGAGGCCUCAGGAAUAGCACCCCAGGAUACAGUUGUAAAUCCAGCUAGAGAGUGCCUAAAGAUGGCGAAGCAGAUGGGUCGUAAGCCAAACCUAAAUAGUGCUAGCCUCGCAAUCGGUCUAGCCAAGGUAACGCCUUAUAGAGCUCAAAUUGAGUGGUACAAGGAAACUUGUGACAAUUCUGAGGAUCAAAUGGGCUACUAUGACUCCUUCAAGCUCAGGGGAGCUUCUAAAAAGGACUCUCAAGUUAACAUGAACAGGUUCAAGCUUGCUGUAUUCUGGAAUAAUGUAAUUCGCAUGUUAGAGACCAAUCAGCUCCCCCAUGAUUUUCACAGGAGAGCCAAGUGGGUAAAUGCAUCCCAGUUCUACAAACUACUUGUUGAACCUCUGGAUAUAGCUGAAUAUUACAGGACUGGAAUGCACAAAACUAAAGGCCAUUAUCUGACUCAUGGAAGAGAGAGGAGAUAUGAGAUCUUUGAUAGAUGGUGGAGAGGUAGAGAAGAUGUCAGUGAAGACAAUAACAGCAGGACCAGGUUUGCAAGUCUGACUCAAGAUUCAUGCUUUUGGGCAAGGGUGGAAAUGGCCAAGGAGUGGAUGCAGAAUGCUAAGGGUGAGACUGAUCCACACAAGUUGGCCCCUCUCUGGGAAAGCAUGAACAGGUUUGAAUUGUAUGCUAGUCAGUUGGUUGAGAAAAAGGAGGUCUCUAAGGAUGUUGUGGCAAAGAAUUCAAGCUAUAGUUUGUGGUUGGAAGAAUGGAAAGAGUUCAAAUCACAAUUGUUGCAAAUUCCUGGUAGGUUGUGACCUGGUCCCUAAUGGUCAUUAGGAUUACUGAGGAAGAAGGCAGAGUGGAGACUAAUUCAUCAAGCUUCCUUUUUCAAUGGCCCUCUUAUUUCCAUUUAAAGAAAGCAAAAUAAAAAGCUAGUUAUAGGCAUUUGUUUCCUUUCUUUCUGCCUCUUUCUUAGUUUUCCUUAUUCCAUUGUUUAGGCGGUGUUUGGGAGUGCUUAACCCCAUACCUUAAAAAUUAUCAAGAAGCAGUUGUAAAUGGAUAAGCACAAGUAGAAAAAGCAGACGAA